AUGACAUCCGGGAGCCCUGGAGACUGCGGGGAGGUGCGGAGGAGCCCGGAGGGCCGCGUCUCUCGCCUGGGCCGCCGCCUGGGCCGCCGCCGGCGCCCGCGCUCCCCGCCCGAGCCUCUGCGGGUGCGGGCACGGCUGCGGCUGCGCUCGCCGUCGGGGGCGUUCGCGGCGCUGGGGGCGCUCGUGGUCCUGGUGGGCAUGGGCAUCGCUGUGGCCGGCUACUGGCCGCACCGCGCCGGGGUCCCAGGGCCGCGCGCUGCCAAUGCCAGCGCGCCCCCCCUGAGCGAGCUGCGACGCGAGGGUCGCGGCGCCGGCCGGGGCCACGGCCCGCACGAGCGGCUGCGGCUCCUUGGGCCCGUGGUCAUGGGCGUCGGCCUGUUUGUGUUCAUCUGCGCCAACACGCUGCUCUACGAGAACCGCGACCUGGAGACGCGACGGCUUCGCCAGGGGGUGCUGCGGGCUCAGGCGCUCCGGCCCCCUGACGGCCCCGGCUGGGACUGCGCCCUCCUCCCCAGCCCCGGACCCAGGACUCCCGGAGCCAUGGGCUGCACAGAGCCAGAAAGUUGGGACCUGUCCCCGCGUCGGGGUACCUCACCCGUCCCAUCAGUGCGGAGUCUGCGUUCAGAGCCUGCUAAUCCUCGCUUGGGGUUACCUGCCCUGCUCAACAGUUACCCGCUGAAGGGCCCGGGGCUGCCCCCACCCUGGGGUCCACGGACCCAGACUGGCCAUGUGAUUAUCACCGUGCAGCCCUCUGGUUCCUGCAUUGAACAUUCCAAGUCUCUGGAUCUGGGCCUCGGGGAGCUCCUGCUUGGGGCCCCAGCGGCUCGAGACUGUGCUCACCGGAGCUGGCCACGGCUGGACCGCAUCAGUCUGGGGGGUUAUGCCAAGUUGGAAGGAGGAGGGAACUUGGGAGCGCGGGUUUGAAGAGCAGGAGACAGCCUGCUAAGAGGGCUGCAGCAUGGACCGUGGUAACAGGACCAGAAGUCCCAAAGUCUAGUAGAUGCAUCAGUCACUUCCCAGACCGGAGACGGAUGCUCUGGCCCCAGCAGCUGCUAAGGCAUCCUGACUUGCAUGUCGGCAGAGAAAUGCCAACUGCACAAGGGUUCAAUCAGCUGGAGUGAAUGUUUUCAUGUGGAGUCUGGAGACCAGCAUGACUCGGCCUCGGGAACUCUUUAACCCUCCAAAAGUGGCCUUAGCCUUGGACAGGUACCUGAGGCAGCUGGAGGUCCAGGUCAGGGUGAUUGGGAGAUACAGCAGGUGUCUCGGCAGAUCCAAAGUGGUGGGCAAGGACCCCUAAGACUUGUAAGGUAGGUUGGCUGGUAUGUUACAGGCUGGGCCAGGCUCCCUCCACGGUAGUACCGGUUGUGGGGUUAGGGGAGAUGGGCAAUGGGGUAGAGUUGAGACCCUCCACUGCCAUCUGGGAUGGGGGCUGAGGCAUUAACUCCCACCACCUCAGCCCCUCUCUCCCCUCAGCCAUGCAGGGUACACCCCCUAGGGCUACACUACUGCCAAAGCCUUCCUCCGGAGGGUCCGGCCCCUCCCUGAACAGGUCUGAGAAGCCCCCUUCUCUCCUUCGUCAUGGCCUGUGCUGCAAAAUCUCCCCCAACUGGCAAAAAGCAUCUGCCAGUUCUCCUUUUAUACAGCGUUGAAGCUGCACUUCGGCCAAUGUGGGUAGCUUAAUUUAGAAAAGGGUCUUUUCUAGGGUCAAAAAUUUGAGUCUCCCUUACCCAUGUGGAACUUUUCCCAGACUGCUGGUAGGAGAAGAGAACUUUAAAAGUUGAUCAAUUGUCACACAUUCAGUUCUAUUUUUGUUUUUGUUUUUUUAGUUUAUUGAAAAAUGCAAUACAAGAAGCAAGACCAAACACGUAUCUAAACACUACACCACUUCUCUUACUACAAAAGGCCAAAACAGCAGACCUAAUUAUUGCCUUUUUAAUCUAAGGAUCUUGCCAAUUUGAUUCUGCUGCCAUAGUUCCUAUUUUGUCAAGAAAUGUAAACAACUACUUGACAUGAUUCAUAAUUUUAAAAAAAUUUACAAAGCUCCUUCAUUUUUGUCACCAAAAUAAUACAUUUCAGAAAGAUUUGUAAAAACCACCAGCCUGGGGCUGAGAUCCUGGGCAGAUCUUUCCCAGGAGCAUUCCUUGGUGUCAGUCAGGCCUUAGCUCUGGUUCUACUUCCCAGGGCGGCUGGGGCCCCUCCCCCUCAGCUGCCUGCAGAACAUGCGAUGGGUGGGCCUGGGCAGGCGGGCGUGGAGGCUCCGAGAGGUCCCUGCACCCAGGUUCUGUGGGCCCUUGGCUUUUUAGGUCCUGCUUGGCGGGUGGGCG